UCUCUCCUCUUCCUAUUGGUUCCCUGUCACCACUCUGUGCUGCUCUGACGUCACGCUCGGUACCGGUCAUCGCUGCGGGGUGCUGUGGCCGGGGAGAUGGCGCUAUGUGUCAGGAGGAUCCGCGGGUCCCCUGUGCUGGGCGGUCGCUGGAAGAGCGGAGUGCGCGGAGCGGGUGGGGCAGUCGGGAGGCUGCGGGAAGGCGGCAGGGUCCGAGAUGCCAUCUUGUACCGAGAAUUGAGGCCGUGCACCCGUAUCAUGACUCCUCUUAGAAGACCACCACAAUCCACAACCACCACACUCUCUCCAAUCGCCAGACCUGUGGGCCUUAGAAUGUGCUUGCCAGCGAGUGAGCAGGACAAAGCUCUGCAAAGACUGCAGGACUUACUGUGGCAGAAGAAGUUAUCUCCAAAGCCACGUACGGGAUUGUUACCCUGCGCCCAGCCCGCCAGAGUGGAUCCUGUCGGCCAGGAGUGCUGGUGUCUAAGUAGUACUCAGUUGGACUGUUUUAGAAGCCUGUUUGAACCAGGAGUCUGCAGGACACCUUAUCAGUCUCUAGCGUUAUCCAUGCCUAGAGCCCACAAAGGUUUAUUAGCCUUUACUCCCAGCAAGAAGGUUGCAGCGAGCCGGGUCCCCGGAGAUGAUAAAUCUGAUAUGGAACAGCACCUGGCGUUGAUGCAUGAGAAGCUGAGGGAAGAGUUACCUAAUAUCUUGUGGAAACCAGCAAACUUCAAGUUAUACAAGAAGGACAUGGAGUUUGUCAGCAAUAUGCUACACGUGCACCUACGCGGACUGGUCAAGUACCAGCUCUUCCUGACGUGCAUGCGGCUGCUGGUAUUGUGCUAUUACACCAAUACGCGUGUCACGGUCCUGAAACUCACCUCUCACCCCGAGACCAACAGUAUCCAGGCCCGCUGGUCGUUUUCUGGCUUCCCGUUACACUGUCUCCUGCUAUACGCUUUCCGUAGUGACAAGAGUGAGCUGUACAGGACAUAUGAUGCUUUCUCCACCUUCCAUCUGGCUCCUGAUGGCUUAAUAUGUCUACAUAAAUUAGAGCGGGUGAUGCCGUCCCAGCCCCUGACUGUAACUAAGAGGACGAUUCUGACUGCGGCACUGCUAGCUUUGGGACUAGGGGAAGACCGACCUAUUCUAACCAUGCUUUCUUCCAUUAAAACACCCCAUGAACUGUAACCUCUGCUCAGUAGGAGUUUAUACUCCUGUCGCACUGCUGCUGCCCCAUACCAAGUCCUACAUGAGAUGGCUAAAGAGACUAUGGCAGGAUCACUCUCUUAGUGCCCAGAGAGACUAUACCAGAGGAGUCUUCAACAUUAACAAGACGGCAGGCGGUACUAGAACUGCCUGCGCUAUUAGGAGUUAUGUUAUAGCGCGCUAACACCAGCUAUACCUUUUAUCUUGAUCCAGUCUGUGCCCUUAGUCUAUGCCAUCCUCAAGUUGUAGGGAGUCCUAUUCGUAUCUCAGCCCAACAAGAGCUAGGUUAUUCCACCCCUGAGAUACUCUGCACUGCUGUGUCUGCAUGCGCAACCUGGAAAAUGCCUGUGGAUGUGUAACAUAUACUGUAUAUAAUUAAAUUAUAACAAAGUGUUA